AUGAAGAGGAAACAGAAGAGAUUUCUGCAGAUGACUUUGUUAUUCAUGGUGGCUGUAAUUUUCCUGCCCAGUAUCGGUCUCUGGUCUCUGUACAAAGAUAAGCACCUGGUGAAAUCGACGGAACCCGGAGAGCAGCAGACAUUUCCACUGGGCCUGGGAGAUGGGCAAUUCUAUGCAUGGACAGAUGGUUUAAGAAGAAAGGACUGGCAUGACUAUGGGAGCAUUCAGAAAGAGGCUAUGCGCUCAGGGAAAGGUGAACAUGGGAAACCUUACCCCCUCACUGAAGAGGACCACGAUGACUCAGCUUACAGGGAAAAUGGUUUCAAUAUUUUUGUCAGCAACAGCAUUGCUCUAGAGAGGUCCCUGCCGGACAUCCGCCACGCAAACUGUAAGCACAAGAUGUACCUGGAAAGGCUACCAAACACCAGCAUCAUUAUCCCAUUCCAUAACGAAGGCUGGACUUCACUCCUCCGGACCAUCCACAGCAUCAUCAACCGAACCCCAGAAAGUCUGAUUGCAGAAAUCAUCCUGGUCGAUGACUUCAGUGACAGAGAACACUUGAAGGAGAAGUUGGAAGAAUACAUGGCUCGGUUUUCCAAAGUGAGGAUUGUUCGCACCAAGAAAAGGGAAGGGCUGAUCCGGACCCGACUCCUGGGGGCGUCCAUGGCCAGAGGCGAGGUCCUUACGUUCCUGGACUCCCACUGCGAGGUCAACGUCAACUGGCUGCCCCCGCUCCUCAACCAAAUUGCACUCAACCACAAAACCGUCGUGUGCCCCAUGAUCGAUGUCAUUGACCACAAUCACUUUGGGUACGAGGCCCAGGCCGGGGAUGCCAUGCGCGGCGCCUUCGACUGGGAAAUGUACUACAAGAGGAUCCCCAUCCCUCCAGAGCUGCAGAGGGCGGAUCCCAGCGACCCUUUUGAGUCUCCCGUUAUGGCUGGAGGUCUCUUCGCUGUGGAUCGCAAAUGGUUUUGGGAGUUGGGGGGCUAUGACCCAGGUUUGGAAAUCUGGGGAGGAGAGCAAUAUGAAAUCUCUUUCAAGGUUUGGAUGUGUGGAGGAGAAAUGUUUGACGUUCCAUGUUCUAGAGUUGGUCAUAUCUACAGGAAGUACGUCCCUUAUAAAGUUCCAUCUGGGACCAGUCUGGCAAGAAACCUGAAGCGGGUGGCGGAGACCUGGAUGGAUGAGUUUGCCGAGUACAUUUACCAGCGGCGCCCGGAGUACAGGCACCUGUCCACGGGGGACCUCUCCACACAGAAGGAGCUGCGCAGACAGCUCAAGUGCAAGGACUUCAAGUGGUUCAUGGCGGCGGUGGCCUGGGACGUGCCCAAGUACUACCCUCCAGUGGAACCCCUACCCGCAGCCUGGGGGGAGCUUCGAAACGUGGCAGCAAAUCUCUGCGUGGACAGCAAGCACGGAGCCACGGGGACCGAGCUGAGGCUGGACGUCUGUGUCAAGGACGGUUCUGAGAGGACGUGGUCUCAUGAGCAGCUCUUCACCUUUGGUUGGAGAGAAGAUAUUCGGCCUGGUGAGCCCCUGCACACCCGAAAAUUCUGCUUCGACGCCAUCUCCCAUAGCAGCCCGGUCACUCUGUAUGACUGUCACGGCAUGAAGGGGAACCAGCUCUGGGGACAUCGAAAGGACAGAACGUUAUUCCACCCUGUGAGUAACAGCUGCAUGGAUUGCAACCCUGCAGAGAAGAAGAUUUUCAUGGCCAGAUGUGACCCUCUCUCCGAGACUCAGCAGUGGAUUUUUGAACAUAUUAAUAUGACUGUUUUAGAAAAAUUUAACUACCAUGCCAGCUCCUAGAAAGGAAAAAGGAAGAAAGAAACAGUGAUUACCUACAGGUUAUAAAAACUAAAUUUUAGCCAGUCUCUGGGUCAGAGGAGUCAGGAAUAACGUUUCCUAGAUCCAGGAAGUCUGGUUUAAAGAUAUGUAAAUGCCAUGUCAAAGUAGGUUGUCCCGAAGAACUUCCUGCACCUGAAGAACUUGGCUAAGAACCUCACCAGCUGCUUCUGAGAACUUGAGCAGUCCCCUUGCUGGC